GUCGCAGUCGACUGAAGCUUUGCGCAUUCUUGCGACUGUCUUUUAUUAAUCGAAACCGCGAAGGUUGAUAAUAGAACGUAGUUGUUGCUGCAAAUGUGUGUUCUGAGUGUAGGAAGAUACAGAUGACAGAUGUUGGAUGGAUGGUAUUGUCGUUCUGUAGUAGCAAAUGCCGAAGGAGAGGACGAUGAAGAUGAUGAAGAAGAGGAGGAAAGUCAAGAAGAAGGAAUUAAUUACAAAGCCCAGUAUAGGAGCUUGAAAAGGAAGUUAAAGGAUCUUAUCUAUGAAAAUGAGUGUUUCCAAGAAGCACUUAGGAACAGCCAGCGGCGUCUGUUGAAGAUUGCAAGGGACCGCAGUUUUCUGUUGGACAGAUUACUUCAGUACGAAAAAUUAGAUAUUACAUCCAGCGAAAGUGAAGAAACGGAGUCAUCAGAUGAUGGUGAAAUCGUUCGCACAGAUCAGUCUAAGAGAAGGAAAGUAGAGCAGAAUAUCAACAAUCACACGUCAGUAGGUCAGUCGUCCUCUGGAGCUGCCAGGAACCAUAACCCAGUCAAGAAGAAGAGACCACAACUUAAAACUCCAAAGCAGAAUAGUACUCCUCCAGUAUUCGGAAAUGUGCCAGUUACCAUGCUCUCAGAUGGGCAUAUGACUCCAGAAGAAGUUGAACGACACUUGGAAUCGAGGCAGUCCUACCUGGAGCUUGUACCAGAAAAGGCUCUCCCCACAGUACCUGCAGAGAUGUUCAGUAAUGAUCCAUCUUUAGACAGUGAAUCAAAUGAAAUAUUUGAACUAGAAACAUCUCCAAGCAAUAUGGGUGAAGACUGUCUGAGUGUUGACAUGAUAGCUGAGUGAACAAUAUCAACAAGAAAAAUGAGCUUUCAUAAGCAUUAAUUACUACUAAUGUAUGAUUAAGUAAGAACAGCAAUAUUCUGUGUAAAUACAGCUCACAUUCAUGUGAUUAUUUUCUCAUAUCAGUUGUCUUUUACUCUGUAAAUAAUUUGCUACUAUUUUUAUUUUUUUUUUUUAUUUUUUACACACAAAUGUGAACCGAGCUAGCAAGGAAAUAGCCUGUGUGGAGAAAAUCUGUGAUAAGCUUGUUGAAAGAAUAUUUGUGUUGUCUUCUCGUUUCUUUCCAGUAUAUUUAAGCUGUGAAUGUCCAAUCCAUAGUUGCUGCAUGAAUGACGUAUUACAGAACACUGUAUCACUUUUGAGUGUAAUUUAGUGCUGAUUAUUUUAGAAAGGUAAUUUUUUAUGUAUGUUUGCCGUACUCUGCAACAUGAUGCCUUAAAAUAAAUAUAAAUGAUGCCAUU